CCGAGCGGAGCCGGGCGGAGCGGGCAGAGCAUCCUGCGCCCCGGCGCGGGGCCCCCGGUAGCCUCGGGCCGCUCGCCUGGACCUGCCGCCGACGCAGUGCAGAAGACAGCAGCUGCAGCCAUGACCACCCACGUCACCCUGGAAGAUGCCCUGUCCAACGUGGACCUGCUGGAAGAGCUGCCCCUCCCCGACCAGCAGCCAUGCAUCGAGCCACCACCUUCCUCCAUCAUGUACCAGGCUAACUUUGACACAAACUUCGAGGACAGGAAUGCAUUUGUCACAGGCAUUGCAAGGUACAUUGAGCAGGCUACGGUCCAUUCCAGCAUGAAUGAAAUGCUGGAGGAAGGGCACGAGUAUGCAGUCAUGCUGUACACCUGGCGCAGCUGCUCCCGGGCCAUCCCCCAGGUGAAAUGCAAUGAGCAGCCCAACCGGGUGGAGAUCUAUGAGAAGACAGUGGAAGUGCUAGAGCCAGAGGUCACCAAGCUCAUGAAGUUCAUGUACUUUCAGCGCAAGGCCAUCGAGCGGUUCUGCAGUGAGGUGAAGCGGCUGUGCCAUGCCGAGCGGAGGAAGGACUUUGUCUCCGAGGCCUACCUUCUGACGCUGGGCAAGUUCAUCAACAUGUUUGCCGUCUUGGAUGAGCUGAAGAAUAUGAAGUGCAGCGUCAAGAAUGACCACUCUGCCUACAAGAGGGCGGCGCAGUUCCUGAGGAAGAUGGCGGACCCCCAGUCUAUCCAGGAGUCACAGAACCUUUCCAUGUUCCUGGCCAACCACAACAGGAUCACCCAGUGUCUCCAUCAGCAACUGGAAGUGAUCCCAGGCUACGAGGAGCUGCUGGCAGACAUUGUCAACAUCUGCGUGGAUUACUACGAGAACAAGAUGUAUCUGACCCCCAGCGAGAAGCACAUGCUCCUCAAGGUAAUGGGUUUUGGUCUCUACCUGAUGGAUGGAAACGUCAGUAACAUUUACAAACUGGAUGCCAAGAAGAGAAUCAACCUCAGCAAAAUUGAUAAAUUUUUUAAGCAGCUGCAGGUGGUGCCCCUUUUCGGCGACAUGCAGAUAGAGCUGGCCAGAUACAUUAAGACCAGUGCUCACUAUGAAGAGAACAAGUCCAAGUGGACCUGUACCCAGAGCAGCAUCAGCCCCCAGUACAACAUCUGCGAGCAGAUGGUUCAGAUCCGGGAUGACCACAUCCGCUUCAUUUCCGAACUCGCUCGCUACAGCAACAGUGAGGUGGUGACUGGCUCCGGGCUGGACAGCCAGAAAUCAGACGAGGAGUACCGUGAGCUCUUUGACCUGGCCCUGCGGGGCCUGCAGCUUUUAUCCAAGUGGAGUGCGCACGUCAUGGAGGUGUACUCUUGGAAGCUGGUCCAUCCCACAGACAAGUUCUGCAACAAGGACUGCCCUGGUACUGCAGAAGAGUAUGAGAGAGCCACGCGCUACAACUACACUAGUGAAGAGAAGUUUGCCUUCGUCGAGGUGAUCGCCAUGAUCAAGGGCCUGCAGGUACUCAUGGGCAGGAUGGAGAGCGUCUUCAACCAGGCCAUCAGGAAUACCAUCUACGCGGCCCUGCAGGACUUUGCCCAGGUGACCUUGCGUGAGCCCCUGAGACAGGCAGUGCGGAAGAAGAAGAACGUCCUUAUCAGUGUCCUGCAGGCAAUUCGAAAAACCAUCUGUGACUGGGAAGGGGGCCGAGAGCCCCCCAAUGACCCAUGCUUGAGAGGGGAGAAGGAUCCCAAGGGUGGAUUUGACAUCAAGGUGCCCCGGCGUGCUGUGGGGCCCUCCAGCACACAGCUGUACAUGGUGCGGACCAUGCUUGAAUCACUCAUCGCAGACAAGAGCGGCUCCAAGAAGACAUUGAGGAGCAGCCUUGAUGGACCCAUCGUCCUCGCCAUAGAGGACUUCCACAAACAGUCCUUCUUCUUCACACACCUGCUCAAUAUCAGUGAAGCCCUGCAGCAAUGUUGUGACCUCUCUCAGCUCUGGUUCCGAGAAUUCUUCCUGGAGUUAACCAUGGGCCGGCGAAUCCAGUUCCCAAUUGAGAUGUCCAUGCCCUGGAUUCUAACAGACCAUAUCCUGGAAACCAAAGAACCUUCCAUGAUGGAGUACGUCCUCUACCCUUUGGACCUGUACAAUGACAGCGCCUACUAUGCUCUGACCAAGUUUAAAAAGCAGUUCCUGUAUGAUGAGAUUGAAGCUGAGGUGAACUUGUGCUUUGACCAGUUUGUCUACAAGCUGGCGGACCAGAUCUUUGCCUACUACAAAGCCAUGGCUGGCAGCGUCUUGUUGGAUAAACGCUUUAGGGCUGAAUGUAAGAAUUACGGAGUCAUCAUCCCGUACCCACCAUCCAACCGCUACGAAACGCUGCUGAAGCAGAGACAUGUCCAGUUGUUGGGUAGAUCAAUUGACUUGAACAGACUCAUUACCCAGCGCAUCUCUGCCGCCAUGUAUAAAUCCUUGGACCAGGCCAUCAGCCGCUUUGAGAGUGAGGACCUGACUUCCAUUGUGGAGCUGGAGUGGCUGCUGGAGAUCAACCGGCUCACGCACCGGCUGCUGUGUAAGCACAUGACCCUGGACAGCUUCGACGCCAUGUUCCGGGAGGCCAAUCACAAUGUGUCUGCCCCCUACGGCCGCAUCACCCUCCACGUCUUCUGGGAGCUGAACUUCGACUUCCUCCCCAACUACUGCUACAAUGGGUCCACCAACCGUUUUGUUCGAACUGCCAUUCCUUUCACCCAAGAACCGCAAAGAGAUAAACCCGCCAACGUUCAGCCUUAUUACCUCUAUGGAUCCAAGCCUCUCAACAUUGCCUACAGCCACAUCUACAGCUCCUAUAGGAACUUUGUGGGGCCCCCCCACUUCAAGACCAUCUGCAGACUCCUGGGUUACCAGGGCAUCGCAGUGGUCAUGGAGGAACUGCUGAAGAUUGUCAAGAGCUUGCUCCAAGGAACCAUUCUCCAGUACGUGAAAACACUGAUCGAGGUGAUGCCCAAGAUAUGCCGCUUACCCCGACAUGAAUAUGGCUCUCCAGGAAUCCUGGAGUUCUUUCACCACCAGCUGAAGGACAUCAUUGAGUAUGCAGAGCUCAAGACAGACGUGUUCCAGAGCCUGAGGGAGGUGGGCAAUGCCAUCCUGUUUUGCCUGCUCAUAGAGCAAGCUCUGUCUCAGGAGGAAGUCUGUGAUUUGCUCCAUGCUGCACCCUUCCAGAAUAUCUUACCUAGAGUCUACAUCAAAGAAGGGGAGCGUCUGGAGGUCCGCAUGAAACGCCUGGAAGCCAAGUAUGCCCCGCUUCACCUGGUCCCACUGAUAGAGCGGCUGGGGACCCCUCAGCAAAUCGCAAUCGCUCGGGAGGGCGACCUGCUGACCAAAGAGCGGUUGUGCUGUGGCCUGUCCAUGUUUGAGGUCAUCCUGACACGCAUUCGGAGCUACCUGCAGGACCCCAUCUGGCGGGGCCCACCGCCCACCAAUGGAGUCAUGCAUGUCGAUGAGUGUGUGGAGUUCCACCGGCUCUGGAGCGCCAUGCAGUUCGUCUACUGCAUUCCCGUGGGGACCAACGAGUUCACAGCUGAGCAAUGUUUUGGUGACGGUUUGAACUGGGCUGGCUGCUCCAUCAUUGUCCUGCUGGGACAACAGCGUCGCUUUGACCUGUUUGACUUCUGUUACCACCUGCUAAAAGUACAGAGGCAAGAUGGGAAGGAUGAGGUCAUUAAGAAUGUGCCCCUGAAGAAGAUGGCCGACAGAAUUAGGAAGUACCAGAUCUUGAACAAUGAGGUUUUUGCCAUCCUGAACAAGUACAUGAAAUCCGUGGAGACGGACAGCUCCACCGUAGAGCAUGUGCGUUGCUUCCAGCCACCCAUCCACCAGUCCCUGGCCACCACCUGCUAGGUGGAAGGUCCCGCAGAUCCUUCACCUGGAGGAGAAGAAGCAGCAGGAGAGAGGAAGCCAUGGCCAGCCUGCAGGGGCCAGCAGGGUCUGACUGGACAGCACAUGGGAUAAGCCUGGAAGCAAACAAGAACCUCCCCAAACACAUCUACACCUCCCAAGGGCUGGGCCUGUGCAUGCUCUCCCAUGACAUCUCCAUGGUGGUUUUUCCAUAGCGUAAAUGAAAAAAAAAAAAAAUGAAAAGAAACAGGGCAGUAUGUGCUUUUUCUUUUCUUUUUAUCCCUCAGCUGUGUUAAGAGCCCUAGUUUCACCCCUUCUUCAUCUCACAGCCCUGCCCCCCCAUCCGUGGUUGCUUCUCAAGACCUCCUCCCAGAUGAUAACCUCCUACUUGGUGCCCACAUGUGACCUCAGGAGGGAAGUCUUAGUGCUGGAGACAAGAGCAUGGCUAUACCUCAAGAUAUCAGUCUGACCUGACAGGCGUGUCCCCAUUUCUUGGCUUCUUCCCCUCCUCUGGCCCCUUACCACCAACAGUACUAGUGGACCAGACGCUGAGAGCCAUGGAAGACAAAAGACAAGGUUCCUGGUACUGGCACCGUGAUAGAUGGUGUUGGCUCUGGGCCUUCCAUGAACUCCCCAAACCACACUCCCCUCUCAGGGUGCUCCAAGGGAGAACUCAGAAAUGCAUUCACAGCUGUAUCUCACUGAGUGGAAUUAGGGUAGGAAGAUGGUCAGGCCUGCUGUACAGAAGCAGUAUUUAUUGACAUAGCCAGGAAUUCCCUAGCCCCGAACAAAAAACUCUUAGACCAUCGCAGCUUGAUGAGGAAGUGGUUCUUUUAUUCAUCAAGCAAAUACCGUGAGUAGCUGGACACUGGGAAUGCAGCACCGAAUGGUUCAGCUGUACUGCCCUUAGCACUAGCCGGUGACCAAAUUAGGGACCACUUCUCUGCACAGACUCUCAUCAAGGCAAACUCCCACUAGAAAGAAAUUAUUAAGAGGUUAUUUCAACAGAAGCCCAAAGCAUAUUGGGGUCAGGGAGGUAAGGAAUAUAAGUAACACUUGUCAAUGAGGUUUUAAUACCAGGAUACACUCCCAGAAAAGGAAUCCUGUGUUGGUGAAUCGGGACUUUCAUCGUCCUAGAAGCUGAAAGAUCCUUGGGAUGUUUUAUCUCUUGCUCUCAACGUCCUUAGUGUUCCUUAACUUAGAUUUUGAGGCAUGUGGCAUUGCUCACAGGGGCAUACCUACUUCGAUUUCUCUGAACCAAAAGUCUUUGCAGAAUGUCUCAUUACAGAGCUUCUCUUCUUCAAAGGGAGCCUGUGACCCUGAGCUUGUAAGAAAAUAUAAAGUGAGACAUUUAAUAUCUCUCCACCAACCCAGGUAGGCAAAGAAAGGAGAGAAAAAUAGAACGGCACUGAUCCCCUCCCUCAGGGCAGAUAAAUGGAAAUGAUAACCAUUAGUCAGAUGGCCCAUUUUAACCCCAUGGAAAGAGCAAAAACAGUCCAUAGCGAGAGGGUUGUGUGAUACACUCUGCUUACCGGGGAGGAGACAAGUGGGGCUCACCAAGUGUGCUCCAAGAGCCUACAUCAGGAUGUCCUGAGACGAGCACAUUGGAUUUCUGGGCCUGACCCCAAACCAAUUAAGUUUGCAUCUCUGAGAGUAGCAGGGAGAUCUGCACUUCCCACAAGCGCUCUCAGUUGUUGUGUUGCACAUGGAAAUCUGAGGACCACUGCCAUAGAGGGUCUCUCCACUCCCCACCUUGGACUUUGAAUUCCCUCUGAGCCAUGAAAGAAGAUAUUUGUAGGGUAGGAAAACUACCGCCCAGGGUGGAAACUGGCAGCCUCCUGUCUGGACUUGCCACUUAUCCUAUUCUGAUUUUUUUGUUUUUUCCUCUUGAUGAGCAUAGAUGUGUCCCAAAGGCGAAAGGGAGAGUCUAUGCCACGUGGUCAAACAUGCCUUCCAAAACCACAUUAAAGUCUCUAAGCACCAGUGUUCUGAAUCUUCACUCCUGUCUGGGGACAGUGGGUAUUUCAGAUAGGCGACCAACUAUUAAAUCCUAGAGUUUAUUCCAAAUCCUUGACCAUUGCUUUUGUGGAGAUUUGGAUCAUCCGUUUGAUGGGAUUGCUUUUUCAACAGCCAGCCCCUAGGUCCUGCAUUCGUAAACCUGAAUCUGACCCCCUCGGUAGAAUCCUAUUAUCUUCAGGAGAUUGGACCCUGGUAAACUGAGGUCUUCACCUUAAGGAGAGACAUUUCAUUUCCCUCACUCGCUGGCAGCAUUUAUUUAUGAAUACCAAACAGGUUUAAUAUUCUUUCCUCUCUGAUAUUCCUGCCACCUUUUGAUUUGAUUUUUUGUGUGUGUCUAAGAACCAGGAAAAAAAAAUCUUAGGUUUUAAAAAGUUUUAAAAAAAAUUGUUUCAGAAACUGUCAAAUGUACCAUAUUUGUAUUAAGAGUUGUUGGGGAUUUUUGUACAAUGAAUUUACAUUUAUUUAUGGUGACUUCUAUUUACGCUUGUGAUCAAAUAAUGAUGUUAAAUUCUUAAACCAUAUUUGCUAUGCAGCUGAAGAUGAUAUUUUGCUUUGUAUUUUGGGGUAUCUGUGUUGAGUUGAUAAACAUUUCCAUCUCCAUUAAAACUGCUUCCAAACCAG